AGGAGAGCCAGAGCUCAAGAACAGUAGACAAGAGGCCAAGCUCCUAUAAAAAAGGAAGGAGAGAGAGCAAGAGAGCGAGUGUGGAGAAGAGGAGGACCAGUCAGAGUGCUGGAGAGGAGUGAUACGGGAGAGAGACAUCCCCAGACAGAUCCUCCCAGAGGGAGAGGGAGAAUGACGCCAGGGCAACUUAAACGGAAUCGCCGGGAUGAUACGCGAUGGUGUUCGGUGACACGCUGAAGUUGCCGGGAAGCACGGAGGAGAGAAAAGAGGGCGAGAGAGAGUGUCUGAUGUGCGACCGAUAAGCGGCAGCAUGUAUUUCGGAAGCGCAUGCCAAAGUACCAUCCUGCCUGCACUGAUGCGCCCCCCUGUGGCCAAUGUCCAGCCAUCGCUGGGAACGAAGCAGUUCCUCCCCUUAGCUCUGGACACCGCAAUGCAAGUCAACCUGUUGCCAAACUUCAGGCUGAGUAUAGCGGAUCUCCCCCCGGCUGGACAAAGCCUCACGCUCAGCAAAUGGAAGAGGGGACAGGCUGUCGGGCGGCUGAAUUUGAGCCUGAACCAGACUCAAAAAGCUGCCGUAACUCACACUUUGGGAAUCCCUCUACUCCCCCAAAAAAAGCAUGUUGUUUCCUGCAGCGUGUGCAAGCUCAAAUUUAACUCUGAGAGCCAAGCUUCAGCUCACUACAACGGAAUUAAGCAUGCGAAGAGGCUGAAAGCACUGGGCGCGCUGAAAUGCGAGCAAAACAAUGUGAUGGUCACCAAGGAAUCCACAAAGGGCAGCCAGGCUACGCUGCCCCCUACAGGCCCUGAAACAACAGGCAGCCUAGCUGGGGUGGCGUCUCUGCCAUCCUCACCCUCGAGCGUGAGGGAGUCGGCGUCGCUCCAUGACGUCCCUGAAAAGCCAGAGGCCCCCGUGGUAGAGGGAAGACACGGGUCGCCUGAAAGUGACUCCUCUGGAGAGCCAGGGGAGGAGACGGAGGAGGAGAAGGCCAGACGCCUCCUCUACUGCUCCCUCUGCAAGGUGGCUGUGAACUCCGCAUCACAGCUGGAAGCCCACAACGUCGGUGCCAAGCACAAAACGAUGCUCGAAGCCAGGACUGGAAACGGAACCAUUAAGUCUUUCCCGAGGCCAGGGGUCAAGGGCAAACUGAGCCAGGCCACCAAAGCAUGUACAGGCCUACAGAACAGAAUGUUCCACUGUGAGACGUGUGACGUGCACGUGAAUUCAGAAACGCAGCUCAAACAGCAUAUCAGCAGCAGGCGACACAAAGACCGAGCGGCAGGCAAACCUCCAAAACCAAAAUACAAUCCCUACAGUAAAGCACAGAAAGGCCAGACCGUGAACUUAGGCUUGAAGAAGGGCCUGGACCAGCCUCUCCCAGCCUGCCUGCUACCAAGCCCCCUGGCACCCGUGGCCCCCCACUUCCCCCUCCGUUCAAGCCCCGCCGCCUUGUUCCAGACUCCGCCUCUCCCAGCCCCACUGCUCCGCCCGGCCCCCGGACCCAUCCGGACCCCUUCCUCACCUGUGCUGUUCGCUCCUUACUGACUGGCUGCCCCCCACCUGGAAUCGGGACUUUCCGUGAUGCUGUCGCAGGGGAACAUGGACCCGUUUGGGGUCUUGUUCUCCCCCCACCUACUGGCCCAAAGGGACCCUCUGUCGCUCUCACACCUGGGAAGUCUUCUUCCACCUGAUUGCAUUUGCGACUUCAGCUCCUGCCUUACGGUUCACUGCAGUAAAUUAAACGGAAAACCAGGGAAUUAUGCAGUUUAUCUUUGGCUGUAUUAAUGACUAAGGAGGGCACUAAGGGGAGAGAUUAGAUUCGGUAUCAAAAAGAAACCUCACUUUUUAUAACGUCGACAUUGGCAGUUCUGUGUGUCCCACAUAACGUACUAGAGCUAAAGAUCCAGCACUAAAGACUCAUAAUAAAGGAAAGAGACUGAAAGAAUGUAUCACUGUAUUGAUCCCACUUUAUCUCCCAAAUGUAACAUCAGAAAUAAAAUAGAAACUCCAAAUAAGGGGCACUGUCCAACAAUAAACUCAUCAUUAAAAAUC